CUCAAAUCGAGUGAUUCGGAUCCAUUUUUGGAGAUCUCUUCGUCCCUCCGACAGGUCGACAUGGAGAGCGCAUGCAGCGGCACUUGGACAGUCUAUCCGGGACUGGCGAAGACAGCGGAUCAGGAGGAGGUGACGAGGCAAGAGGAGCUGCAGAGGAUGAGUCACAAGAAAGAGGCAUCGCCAUGUAGACAGCCUGUGGAUGCUCUGAACCAUGAAUUGCCAGAUGAUGGAGGCCUACACACGAGAAGGAGAGAGACAAAUCUGGUGAGCGCCAGAAUAUGGCACAAAACCGAGUGUGAGGGAGAGCGUUAUGAUGCGUCAAAGUACAAUAAAAUUGUUUGUUUAGUCGUUAUUAUUACAAAAUGA